AUGAAACCCACAGACAGCAAGUCAUAUCACAGACAGACUCAUAUCAGCCACAAGGAGACUCAUAUCAGCCACAAGGAGACCCAUAUUCAGCCACAAGGGAAGACCUCAUUAUCCAGCCAAGCCAAGAAGACUCCAUAUAAACCACAAGGAGACUCAUAUCAGCCACAGAGACACAUGAAUGAUUUGGCCAGUAAAGCAAACAUCAUCAUCGACCCCGCAGAGAUCCAGACCACGUCUAUGGAUGACCUGGACGAGGACGAGGAGAGCGGGGCAGCACAGAGGCCGUUUGGUGCAGCGGCGAUGGGCGGAGCUCUGGCGAGGCCCAGCUGGUUGAGUUCUCCCACUCUGGGUCGAGCCAAUCGUUUCUUGAGCACGGCUGCCGUCAGUCUCAUGACCCCCAGACGACCCCUCACACAGCCAGAGAAAGUGAAAGUUCGCACCCUCGCCGUGGAGCAGAGGACUGAGGAGGACAUCGAGGGAAGCCAUGGUAACGACGGCCUGUUGCUGGGGCGACCGCUGGAGGAGCCCGAUCAGCCAAUCGCAGACAAGUCCCUUCUGGAGAUUGUUGAUGGGAUCGUGAUGAUGUACAACCUGAGUGUUCAUCAGCAGCUGGGAAAGAAUGUGUAG